AUGUCUGAGUUGUGGAAAAUUGAUUUAAGUUGGAAUAAUUUGUUGGGAGGCAUUCCUUCUAAUAUGUGCAAUGGACUUCCAAAUUUACAAUAUUUGGCUCUUCAAGGCAACAAAUUAUUUGGAUCUAUACCAGCUGGUUGGACACAAUGCAGGGAGCUCAAAAGGAUAGUAUUACAUGACAACUUAUUCACAGGUCAUAUACCCAAGAGUAUUGGGAAUUUGACCAUGCUUCAAGGGUUAAAUGCGGGUUCCAAUAACUUGGAAGGCAAUCUCCAUGAGCUUGAGAACUUAGAAUUGUCGUAUAACAAGUUGAAGGGAUCUAUUCCGUCCAGCAUUUUUAACAUUUCAACCUUGACAUACUUAAAUCUUGGAAGCAAUUCUAUAAUUGGCAAUCUUCCGCCAAAUUUCGGGAAUCUCACUAGUUUCUAUGAACUAUACUUGGGAGAAAAUAUUUUGACAGGAUCAAUUCCAAAAGUAAUAGGUGGCUUACAAGAUCUUCAAUAUUUGAGUCUUGAAGUUGAAAAUGUAUCCUCAAGUAUUGGAAACUUGAAUGCUCUUAUAUCACUGGACUUGUCAAGAAAUCAUAUUUCAAACAAUAUUCCAACAGCUUUGGGUGGACUAAAGAACUUGCAAGAUCUCUCCUUAGCACAUAACAAUUUGCAAGGAAACAUUCCAAAAUCAUUUGGAAAUAUGCUGAGCUUAGUAAAUUUGGACCUUUUUGGGAAUAAUUUAUCUGGUGAGAUCCCCAAAUCCAUGGAGUCACUUACUUAUCUUAAGUAUAUCAACCUCUCCUACAACAAACUACAAGGAGAGAUUCCGAGUGGUGGAGUUUUUGCAAAUUUGACUGCUAAAUCUUUCAUCAUGAAUGAAGCUCUUUGUGGCCAUCCACAACUAAAAGUGCCUCGCUGUGAAAAAGGAAGAAGAAAAUGUUCAUGGGCAAAAUCACUUUUAAUAAAAUACAUAUUACCCAUGGUUGUGUCAAUAAUUUUAAUUGUCUUGGGCAUUAUUCUUGUAAGACAAAGAUGA